AUGAAAGAUGCUAAAGCUAUUCCAUUAACAUCUGAUACUAUCAAACGACAUAAUCUUGAAUAUCGUGUUAUAUUCGGUGCUGUUGAUCGAACAAUAAAUAAAAAAUUACAAAAACAAAAAUUUUCUUCAAUACCAAUAUGUACGGAUAUUGAAACAAUGAUGAAAAUUUCUGAAGCUUAUAGAAAAGGUGAACUUAAUGAAAAUUACCCAUAUGAACGUGAUAUACUUGGUUUUUUUCUUGAACCACAUACACGAUCUAAAUUAACUGAACAUUUAAUUAAUACAAUACAUAAAGCAGGAAAACCUUUAGCAUUAGUUGGUCCAUUACUUGAUGAUCAAAAAGUUCAACAAGAAAUGAUUGAACUUGGUAUUGAUGUUUUAUUUACUGAUCGUCCAAAUAUAUUCAGACAAACUUUUGAUUCUAUUCCAAUAAAUAAAUAA